GGGCGCUUUCUCCAUCGUCCGAAGAUGCGUGAAGGUGUUGGCAGGACAAGAGUACGCAGCCAAGAUCAUCAACACCAAGAAGCUGUCUGCUCGAGAUCACCAGAAGCUGGAACGAGAAGCCCGGAUCUGCCGCCUCCUGAAGCACCCCAACAUCGUGAGGCUCCACGACAGCAUCUCUGAAGAGGGCCAUCACUACCUGAUAUUUGACCUGGUCACUGGCGGGGAGCUGUUUGAGGACAUUGUGGCCAGGGAGUACUACAGCGAAGCAGAUGCAAGCCACUGCAUCCAGCAGAUCCUGGAGGCCGUCCUGCACUGCCACCAGAUGGGGGUUGUCCACCGGGACCUGAAGCCUGAGAACCUGCUGCUGGCAUCCAAGCUGAAGGGUGCCGCCGUCAAGCUGGCUGACUUCGGCCUUGCCAUCGAGGUGGAGGGGGACCAGCAAGCGUGGUUUGGUUUCGCUGGCACCCCAGGAUACCUCUCCCCUGAGGUGCUCCGGAAGGACCCCUAUGGCAAAGCCGUGGACCUGUGGGCUUGCGGCGUCAUCCUCUACAUCCUGCUGGUCGGGUACCCGCCCUUUUGGGAUGAAGACCAGCACCGACUCUACCAGCAGAUCAAGGCUGGGGCUUAUGAUUUCCCGUCCCCUGAGUGGGACACGGUCACUCCUGAAGCGAAAGAUCUCAUCAACAAGAUGUUGACCAUAAACCCGUCUAAGCGCAUCACGGCAGCGGAGGCUCUGAAGCACCCCUGGAUAUCGCACCGUGCCACCGUGGCGUCAUGCAUGCACAGGCAGGAGACAGUGGACUGUCUGAAGAAGUUCAAUGCCCGGAGGAAGCUGAAGGGAGCCAUCCUCACCACCAUGCUGGCCACCAGGAACUUCUCUG